CGGACUUCCCGUACUGCUGGCGACAGGCGUGGGAAGGAGGCGGCGGCGGGAAUGAUCGUUGCUGAACUUUGCCAAGGGAGAUCUGGAAGAGUUGAGGAUUCUGCAAGUAUCCCCGGGAUGGAAGUGGUGACCGGCACUGCACUGGUCUCUCUUUUAUGAUACCAGAGUCUCUUGCACAUAGUUGAGGUAGCCGUGCCACGAAGGACGUGCAACUUGAUAUUACUGCAUCUGUACUCAGAAAUACAUUCAAAUGCUGCAGCAAGAACUAAUUUUACUAUUAAGAAAGAUUUGAAACAGAUGCUUCUUUUCUGUGCCUCAAAAUGGAUGGACUUCUUGGAACAGGGAGAAGACUACUUCCUGACUCAUUGAAUUUGGUUGCUCGUUGUAAAACACAAUGGCAAUGCGGCAGGUUUUAUUGCAAUGUUCGUGCCAAAAAAUUGGUAUCCCAGCAUUUUCAGUCAGUGAAUCUGCGGGAGGAUAGUUUGGCAUCACAGGAGAGCAAACCUGGAGAAAUGACAUGUAAAAGUCAAAGGCUAAUGUUACUAGCAGGACUGAUUUGUCCCAGCAGCCCUGGCUGCUACCAUUAUAUGCCCUACACUGUCCGAGCAAUGGAGAAGCUCAUCAAGGUCAUAGAUCAGGAAAUGCUCGCCAUAGGAGGUCAGAAAAUCAACAUGCCCGCACUAUGCUCAGCAAAGCUCUGGAAAGCCAGUGGAAGGUGGAAACUGAUGGGCAAAGAACUCUUGCAACUAACAGACAGGCACAGCCAAGAAUACUGUCUGGGACCUACCCAUGAAGAAGCCAUUACAGACUUAAUAGCUUCUCAAGGCAGCUUGGCCUACAAACAACUUCCUCUCUUGCUGUACCAGAUAACCAGAAAAUUUCGAGAUGAACCAAAACCUUGUUUUGGGUUGCUGCGUGGCCGUGAGUUCUAUAUGAAGGAUAUGUACACCUUUGAUGCCUCCAAGGAGGCUGCCCUGCAGACGUAUGCUCUUGUGUGCAAGGCAUACUGCAGGAUAUUCAAUAGAUUAGGCCUUCAAAUUGUGAAAGUCCAGGCAGCUACAGGUAGCAUUGGGGGGACAAUGUCUCAUGAAUUCCAGCUCCCUUCUGACAUUGGAGAGGACCAGUUAAUGAUGUGUGUGAAUUGUGACUUUUCAGCCAAUGUGGAAACAAUACACCAAGGUGAGACACACUGCCCAGCUUGCAAGGGAGAACUAGUUAAGCGCAAAGGAAUUGAAGUUGGUCAUACCUUCUUCUUAGGCACCAAAUACUCUUCUGUUUUCAAUGCCUCUGUCCACACUCCUCAAAAUACGACUGUUCCAGCUGAAAUGGGCUGCUAUGGACUCGGUGUUUCUCGGAUUCUUGCAGCCUCCAUUGAGGUGCUUUCUACAGAGAAUGCCAUUCAUUGGCCAAACCUUAUUGCACCUUAUCACAUCUGCCUUAUUCCCCCAAAGAAAGGCAGUAAAGAGGAGAAAGGAGCAGUGCUCCUGGAGGAUUUAUAUGAUUCUAUUGUCCAAGCAAUCCCACAUGUUGAAGAGGAAAUGGUGCUGGAUGACCGGACCCAGCUCACCAUUGGUAAAAGGUUAAAAGAUGCUAAGAAACUUGGAUACCCCUAUGUUAUAAUAGGUGGAAAGGGAGUUUUGGAUGAACCUUAUCAGUUUGAAGUCCAAAAUCAAAACACUGGUGAAAUACUCUUUCUUAGCAAGGAGGCCAUUAUUGACUUGCUAAGUAAACUCCCUAAAUAACUGAGUAUUUUGGCUUCUGAAUGCUGAGAUAUAAGUGUAGUAUUAAAUGUAUGGUUAUGGGGACAUAUGGGAUCUUUGUUGGUUUGAUUUAUAUUUUGUGAACUAAAGAUCAGAAGAAAGACAAA